UCAAUUAUGAAAGUAGAUUUCUAAUAAAAGAUCAUGUGAUUUUAAAAUCUUAAUUAAUUUUUGUAAUUCAUAAAUUGUGUUUUACGUAUGUAAUUAAUUAAUUUAAUAUUUAUAAUUUAACACUGUUGUAUAGUUUUUAAAAAUGUAAAAUGGUUUUGGAAUCUUGUUCUGUGAAGAGAUUAUUAUUGUUUAUAAUAUUCAUUGGAGGGAUUACUCUACUGAUUUUUUUAAGAAUUACAUCUUCAAGUGCAUUAUCUAUUCUUAAUGCUACUGUUGCAACAGAAUUAUCUGAAGGCAUAAAAGAUCAUAAAAACUCUUCUAAUAAAUGUUGGUUACGAGAAGAAAAUACUAUUAUCAAAGAGUGCCAUUUAUGUUCUAAUAGACCAGAGUGCAUAAAUACAAGUUUUAUUGAAACAGUUAAAUGUAAAAUUUCUGGACUAGUAUAUAGAAAGUAUGUAUUACACAUGAAAAUGACCAGUUAAAAUAGGUUUGCCAUAUGUCUUGGUUUGGCCGGCAUUAUGAGUAUGGCGUCCCAGUGUUCAGAUGAUUUUUUUUCGGGACAGCCACUUGUUCAGGAAUAAAACUUCAAUAAUGUAUUUAUUUUAUUGAACUCUAGGUUGAAAAAUCAUAAUACUAUUCUCAUGACAAAACAAAAAAUUAGUAAAGUUAGUUUAGUCAAUAUAAUUGAUUGAUGAGAAUUCAUCAUUUUUUAUUAUUUUCUCGACUAUGUGACAAUUAUAUUUGUCAGAGACUUUUUUCAUAUUUCCAUUCUCUCAAGAUAUGAGUCUUAGAAAUCGCUAAACAAAUCAACCAUAAUUUAAUAUGUUGUCAGUUGUAGUGAACUAAUCAAUGUAGCUUAGAAUAAUCAUACUGUAGUUAGUGUUUAUUUCAGAUAUUCUAUUGUGAGGAAAAGGGUGGGCAUGUGGUACGCCAUAGAAGUAAAUAAUUAAUAAAUAAUUAUGUUUUUAUAAUAAUUUUACCUGUAUAAUCAAAAAAUCAUUAAAAAGU